GGGAGGAGGCGAGGGGCUGGGUCCGCAGCCCAGUCCCGGGCUGCCCGCGGGCGGCCGGCGCGGCCUCCGGUGCGCCAGCCAGAUUGACUUCCCGUGGGAGCUCCUAGCAUUGCCUCUCUGAAGAGCAGGUGACCUUUGACAUCAGCCAUGUCUUCACGGCCUUUUGAAAGCCCGCCGCCUUACAGGCCUGAUGAAUUCAAGCCGAAUCAUUACGCGCCGAGCAAUGACGUGUACGGUGGUGAGAUGCACGUUCGGCCCAUGCUGUCCCAGCCGGCCUAUUCCUUUUACCCAGAAGAUGAAAUUCUUCACUUCUACAAAUGGACCUCCCCUCCAGGAGUGAUUCGGAUUCUGUCUAUGCUCAUCAUCGUGAUGUGCAUUGCCAUAUUUGCCUGCGUUGCCUCCACACUUGCCUGGGACAGAACCUAUGGAACUGGCUUACUGGGAAGUGGUGUGGGCUACCCUUACGGAAGUGGUUUUGGUGGCUACGGAAGUGGCUAUGGCUAUGGCUACGGCUACGGUUAUGGCUAUGGAGGCUACACAGAUCCAAGAGCGGCCAAGGGCUUCCUGUUGGCCAUGGCUGCUUUUUGUUUCAUUUUUGCCUUGGUGGUAUUUGUUACCAGUGUUAUAAGAUCUGAAAUUUCCAGAACAAGAAGAUACUACUUGACUGUGAUAAUAGUGAGUGCUAUCCUGGGCGUCCUGGUGUUUAUUGCCACCAUUGUCUAUAUAAUGGGAGUCAACCCAACUGCCCAGGCUUCUGGAUCUAUGUAUGGCUCACAGAUAUAUGCUCUCUGCAACCAGUUUUACACGCCUGGAAUGACGAAUCUCUACGUGGACCAAUAUUUGUAUCACUACUGUGUGGUGGAUCCCCAGGAGGCUAUUGCCAUUGUACUAGGGUUCUUGGUUCUUGUGGCUUUUGCUUUAAUAAUCUUCUUUGCUGUGAAAACUCGAAGAAAGAUGGACCGCUAUGACAAAUCCAAUAUUCUGUGGGAGAAGGAGCGCAUUUAUGACGAGCAGCCCCCCAAUGUCGAAGAGUGGGUUAAAAACGUGUCUGCGGGCACGCAAGACAUGCCUCCACCACCUUCUGACUUCGUGGAGAGAGUGGACAGUUCCAUGGCCUACUCGUCCAAUGGCAAAGUGAAUGGCAAGAGGCCAUACCCAGAGUCCUACAAGUCCACGCCGCCGGUACCCGAGGUGGUUCACGAGCUUCCACUGACGUCAUCCAUGGACGACUUCAGGCAGCCUCGUUUGAAUAGCAGCAGUAACUUUGAGACACCUUCCAAAAGGCCUCCCGCCAAGGGAAGAGCAGGCAAGCCCAAGAGAACGGAGCAAGACCACUACGAGACGGACUACACGACCGGCGGCGAGUCGUGCGACGAGCUGGAGGAGGACUGGAUCAGGGAAUAUCCGCCCAUCACAUCAGACCAACAAAGACAACUCUACAAGAGGAAUUUUGACACUGGCCUGCAGGAAUACAAGAGCUUACAAGCGGAGCUCGACGAGGUCAAUAAGGAGCUUUCCCGUCUGGAUAAGGAACUGGAUGACUACAGAGAAGAAAGUGAAGAGUACAUGGCGGCUGCUGAUGAGUACAACCGACUGAAGCAGGUGAAAGGCUCUGCAGAUUACAAAAAUAAGAGGAAUUAUUGCAAGCAGCUGAAGAGCAAAUUGUCGCACAUCAAGAAGAUGGUCGGAGACUAUGAUGGGCGGAGGUCCUAGGACAGCACGUGGUGCAGUGCUCUAGGAACUGAGCAGGGGCUGACGUCUCUGCGUGCUUUCAGAAGGUGGAUGACUUCGGACUCUGAGCUGGGAAGCCAACCUCUGUGACCAUUAGAAAGCUUCAGUAGCUUUAACAUCGUCAGUGUUGAAGCAUUUUACAAAUAGCAUUUGAUAAUCAACUGGGCUGAGCACUCCAGUUAAGGAUUUUCUGGUUUAAACACUGGGUCUUGGAUUUAGAACAAAACACUUUUUGAGGUUUUCACACCUCGACGGCAGGCCUGGGGGUCACCUGUGCUGUGACCUUUCACACCCAGUGCUGUGUGAAUCCCUAAGUGCUCUUUGUUCCAUGGUCUCACCUCCCCUAGCUGUCAUCUACAAUCUUCUCUUUUCAGUUAAGGAACCUGAGUCCCUGUGAGGAAGUCUCUGAAAUGCAACUGGUUUCCAGCAGCCAGUUGUGGUUCAGUCUGUUUUAUGACUCCAUUACUAAUGAGGUCCCUGGCCUUCCGUAUUUCAGCUACUAUGUGUAUUAUGGUCUGCCAGCCUCCUGGGAAUUUCUGGUUAUGUCAGUGGUUGAAACAGGUUUUUCUUUGUUUGUGUUAUCCUGAUAAUAAAGAUCAUGUAAAAGUAACAAGUGUGUGAAAUUUAAAGAUUGUAAAUAUAUACUGACUUUUUUAAAAAUCAAAGUUUGAACUUAGUGGAUAGAAUUUUGUGCAUUUUUAAGUGCUUUUUAUCUUACGGUUUACAUGCAUUUUUUUUUAAACCAGCUAUACUUUUUCAUUAUAUAUCAGAGUAUCUGAUUACUUUUAUAAUUCAGUUGUGACUUGAAUUGUAUCUUACAGGACUGUUCAAGUUCUGUACCUAUUUUAUAAGAUAUUAAGCCCAGAGUCUUCCUUCUAUGGGGUAUGCCUUUGACAUCAUUAGUGCUAUUAUGAAGCUAAGGAAAACUAAACUCAGGAGUUGUAUCUGUUGUGAACUAUUCUGGGUGCUGUGCUUCUUAAUCCCUUGGCAGUACGGAGGCUGGCACAUCGGGGAACAGCGUGCUGUACCACCAAACACCAAAGUAUUUCAAAUGGUGCCCUUAAUUCUCAUCACUUGAAAAAAAUCAAAAUUCUAUCUGUAAAGUAGAAUAAGCUGUUAGUAUUGUACUAACCAAAUGCUCUGCCAACCAAACGAUGGUGUUCCUCAUCCCAGUGCAGGCUGUUUUCUGGAACUCUUUUGAAGUGUAAGCUUUGAUCGUUAGUAUGCAGUUCAGAUGUUUAAGCAUAUAAUUUCCGAUGUAGAGUUCUGAAUUCUUUUCCAAAGAUAAACUUCAAUGUUCCCAUUCUUAACACUGAUUCACUUCUUCAGAUUGAAACUCUUAAUUUUCUGUGUGCUGUGCAUACUUAGUACAGGUGGUAUUUUCUAAGCUUUUUGGGUUCACAUCAGAUGGAAAGGACUCUUGAGCACUGUACCUGGUUUUUGUGCAUGUGAAGUUUCUCUUUGUUCUUGGAAAGGCAGGUACUUAGUUUAUGAAGGCAAGCUUGCUAAUGUUCUCACAAAACAGAACUUGUUCUCUGGAAUGCAGAAAAUGAAGGGACAUGGGUUGUGAAAUUUUGUAAAGUUGUAGAAUUGUUCCUUAAAUUGGACUUUGAAAUUAAAAAAAAAAGAAAUCUUCAAAUCUAGUAUUUACUGCUAAAGACCACAAAAGGAAACCAAAUCAGAGAGUUUCCUAGUUGGUGUGGACAUGCACCGGCUGGAUGUAACUGAGAAGCCUCUGGGCGGUGUCCUGGUCUGAGGUUUAGCACAGAUUUCAGAGGCGUCUUUCAUCCCUUACCUUCGGUGCUUCUCCUUUCUGCGUUGGGCUUCCCACUAGGAACCCUGUUCAAAGGAGUUUGUUGUAAGUGUAUGUGGUCCAUGUUAUAAAGAUCCCAGUGUAUGCCCCACUUGUGUAAUUUUACACAAAACAUAGGUGGAAGCAAUAUUUUAAUUUUUUUUUUUUUUGAGAGAUUUAAAGAAAUACAGAGGGUCCAGCGUUGUGGAAUAGUAGGUUAAGCCACUGCUUGGAUUACUCACAUCCCAGAUCAGAGUGCCUGGGAUUGAGUCCUGCCUCCCCUUCCCAUACAGCUUCUUACUAACAUGCAAGGCAUCACAAGUACAUGGGUCCCUGCUGUCCACCUUGGAGACCAGACUGGAGUUCCUGGCUCCUGGCUUUGGCCUGGCCCAUUCCCAGCUGUUGCAGGCAUUUGGGAAGUGAACCAGCAGGUAGACCAUCUCUCUCCAACUCUGCCUUUCAAAUAAAAACUUUUUGAAAACUUAAAAAAAAAAAAAAAAACACUUUAAAAUAUAUAAAAAACUGUUGCCGGCAUUGUGGCAUAGUGAAUUAAGCCAUCUGUGAUGCCGGCAUCCCUUAUGGGCACUGGUUCAAGUCCCGACUACUCUACUUCCGAUCCAGCUCCCUCUAAUUUGCCUGGGAAAAGCAGCGGAAGAUGGCCCACAUACUUGGGUUCCUGCCACCAUGGGGGAGAUCCUGAUAAAGCUCCUGGCUCAGCCCUGGCCAUUGCAGCCAUCUGGGGAGUGAACCAGCAGAUAGAAGACUUCUCUCUCUCUUUCCCUCUCUCUCUCUGACUUUAAAAUAAAUAAAUCUUCAAAAAUACACACACAAAAAAAUGAAUGUACAUGUCCCUAUCACCCAGGAAUAGCAGGUAUUAAUGUUUUGUCCUAUGUGCUUGUAUUUUUUUGAAAUAGUCAAGUCUUUUAGCAUUUAUAGUGAAUAAUGGUUAAUAUACAUCUACAUACAUCCAUAAAAGCUCAUUUAAUCCUCACAAUAAUUUGUUGCCACAUAACCAUUUCUUACUUUACUGAUGAAGAAAUGCGAUUUGAUAGAUGAACUGGCCUGUUGUCACAUUCUAGCGAGUGGCACAGGGAAGGAUGAAAUCUUGGUCGGUUGGUCUGUUGGUCUGUUGGGUUCGGUACCUCCAUCCUAGGUUGACUUUGUGAAUUAAUGGGUUGGAUAAUGUGGGACUCCUCUGUCUGAUGUUUAAAUAAAGUAUCCUGUUUUAA